CAUCAUUUGACAAUUCUCAACAACGGCUGUCAAAAAGAACUGCAAGUUUAUUUACAUUUUGGUACAUAGAAAUCAGACAAAUCAUCAAAAAUUCUAAAACGGAGUUAGAGUGCACUUUCAACUAAAUUCUAAAUUUUCCCAGUCAAAUGUACAAAUCACCAGGGUAGGAGAAAAAAUGCGUAAAACAUGGGUUAAACGAGAUAACAUCUACUAUAAACCUUUCUACAAGCAAAAGCUGAAACUUACGUUGAUUGGCGUAAUUGCGAUGGGCAUCCUGUUUUUUGUAUAUCAGCUUGUAUACAUCAGUCAGUUGCUACCGCUGGAAUCGAUGCCGGCGGGACAGAAAACUCGCCCGCUUAAGGCAAAUAGUAAUGAUAAUCCCAUUACUUUGCUAGAACUGGCGGGACGAAAUGAUGCGGAACGCUCCGAGCAUGCACAUCAGAAACCAAAUCAUAAUCAGGGAAGCGCCAUUAGAAGUGAGACGAGCAAUAACAAAUCUAACAUUUGGAAUAAUACACAGUUCGCAUACAUCGAGAAAAUAGGCAAUUAUGAGCGAAAAAUUUUACGCGGCAUUCGACUGGUCGACCUUGACAACUACAGUGAAAAACCAGGAAUGAUAAAGUUUCGGUGUUUGAGCUCUCGCAAAGAAAUACCUUGGGAAUGGGUGAACGACGACUAUUGCGACUGUCCAGAAGAUGGUAGCGAUGAGCCGAGUACAAGUGCGUGUCCGCGGGGACGUUUCUACUGCCGAUUCCAGAAGCGACACAAAACUGGCCGUGGAAAGGAUAUCUUCGUGUCGAGUGGAUGGGUGAAUGAUGGUGUUUGUGAUUGCUGUGAUGGUUCCGAUGAGUGGUUGAAUCGUAUUGGGCCCGGCUCAGCUUGUCCGAAUCUAUGUAAAGCCGAUCAUUUUUAGUAAUUCUCAAAAUUCUAAAUCGCAUUGAAUAUUCAUUCACCAAUCAUACCUGCACAGAGUAUCCGGUUCACUGCGGUUCUUGUUCUUAGUGAUUUGAAUAACGCAGGUCUCACAUUAUACAAUAUUUGAAUAGAUGAAGAUGAAAAUUCUGUUCAAAGAACCAGUUAUAAGACAGUUACUUUGACUGGUAGAAGAUUUACAUUGUUUCACCGAGGAUAAUAAUUAACAUAAUAAAAAUAUGCGUUCUUGCAAUAAUGCAGAA